CGGUGGGGUUCACCCCUUCCCCCCCUGCCUGCGAGUCAGCCUGGCUGCCGCGCGUCACGUGCCCGCCGCCUGAGGCAGCGACCGGAGCGAGGGGAGGGGAAAAAAUAGAAAGAGGAGGAAAAAAAAAGAAAGAAAAAAAAAAAGAAAAAGCGCCUCAUUCCUUCCUCCACCGCCAUACUGUAUUUUGUAGUAACUCAUUUUUAUUCCUCCCUUUUACUCCCGCUCGUGGAAGGUUUUCCUGGAGAAUGAAGUGCGGUUUGGUUUCCUUGUCAACGGAAGAUGAAGUGAACAACUGAGCAUCUCCCCAGUGCAGGGUUAAAGCCAACUGAGUCAACCAUGACUGGCAAAACACAGACCAGCAAUGUCACCAAUAAGAAUGAUCCCAAGUCCAUCAACUCCAGAGUCUUCAUUGGCAAUCUGAACACAGCCAUUGUCAAAAAAGGUGACAUAGAAGCCAUUUUUGCAAAGUACGGAAAAAUAGUUGGCUGCUCAGUGCACAAAGGUUAUGCAUUUGUACAGUACAUGAGUGAGAGGCAUGCAAGGGCAGCAGUGGCAGGCGAGAAUGCCAGGAUCAUUGCGGGACAACCACUUGAUAUCAACAUGGCAGGAGAACCAAAACCCUACAGACCAAAACCUGGAAACAAGCGACCACUUUCAGCUCUCUACAGACUUGAAUCAAAGGAGCCUUUCCUGUCUGUUGGUGGUUAUGUCUUUGAUUAUGAUUACUACAGAGAUGAUUUCUACAAUCGGUUAUUUGAUUACCAUGGUCGUGUACCACCGCCUCCUCGUGCAGUGAUACCAUUGAAACGUCCUCGUGUGGCUGUCACGGCAACUCGCAGAGGGAAAGGAGUUUUUUCCAUGAAAGGGGGAUCACGAUCUACAUCUAGUGGGGCUUCCGCUUCAGGAUCCAAAUUGAAAUCAGAUGAGUUGCAAACAAUCAAGAAGGAAUUAACCCAAAUCAAAACAAAAAUUGAUUCCUUGUUAGGGAGACUGGAGAAGAUUGAAAAGCAGCAGAAAGCUGAAGCAGAAGCACAAAAGAAGCAAAUGGAAGAUAACGCUGAUCUUAUCCAAGAAGAAUGCAUAUCAGAGAAUGCAGAUAACUCUACAGAAGAACCAACUGAAGGAGGGCCAGAUGCAGAUGGAGAUGGAGAAGAGAUGACUGAUGGAAUAGAGGAGGAUUUUGAUGAGGAUGGCAGCAAUGAACUGUUUCUACAGAUCAAGUGAUGAGAUGUCAUGUGUGAUCCUUCUGGAGGCUGAGGAGAGAAACUCUGACUUCCCCUGAACACAGAGAAAAAUCUGAACUGCAGUUUCUUAUUAGCUAACAACACGUUUGAUCCAAUUUGUAUGAAACUCAAUUUACUUAUUAAAAUGGACAUUAUGGUUCAAAUAUUAGAAAUUCCAUUUCUUAUAUGUUCUAAGCUGUACAAUUGUCAGAUUUUUAUGGUUUAGAUUGUAAAUGUGUUUUUCUCUGGCUAUUAAUUGGUAUUAUUUUUUUAAUUUUGAUGUCUUAAAGGCCAGUGUACUGUAUGAUACUAAUAUGAAGGACAUAUUUAAGAGGUGUGGGAGACACUGUAUACAAAUGUAUAUUUGUAAAAGCUAUUUUUAUGAUUAGCAUGUUUUACUGUUUAUCAUAUCUAAAGUCAGGUGAUAUUGCACUUCUCUGUUUACAGCUUAAUUCAAACAAUAUCAUGUUAUGACCUGAGUUAUGAUCAAAUGUUGUAUUUUCAUUACUUGAUUUAUUAUAUUCGUAAUUUAAAAUAAUUAUGUUUAUGUGAAGGGAUACUGUUGAAGGAAAAAGUGAUAGUUCUGUCUAUUCAUGGACCAUUUCACUGUAACUGCUAAGACGUGCAAGUAUGUCAAAUAUUAGAUCAGUCUUUGAUAAACGGUAAAUUGGAUCCACUUGCUAAUCUCUUUUUCAGACAAACCCUCUGGGCGAUGCCAUAGAUUGGCACACUUGUUAUACAUGUAUCUGUUUAUAUCUCAAGACAGCUUGUUUUAAAUUAUGGAGAAGUUUGUGCCAAUGCAUGUCCCAUUAAAACUGUAUUCCAGAGAGGUAAAUAUUUUUGAUGUUACCAAUUUUUGAAAACUUCCAAAUUAGUUUUAAAAAUGUUUGUUUCACUUUCAGUCAAUAGAAUCUUUCCAUUCCUGAACCUUUCAAGCAGUCUCCAAAUGCUUGAAGUUGGAAUAAUUCAUUUUCACAAAGGCUGUAAGGGAAUUCAGUAUAUAAUUUCUUAAUAAACAAUAUUUCCUUCCAAACAACAUUGACGCAUUUUCAUUCAAAUAUGUUUUAAUACACUUAAGCUAUGUAAAGUGCGUAAGUGAUUGCUUAUUCUGUAAUAAAAGUGCUCCCUUGUCAUUCCUGAUGGUACAAAAAGAUAUCCACAUCUUUAUAUGAUACAGAUAAACAACAUUUUAUGUAGGAGAGGGAUGUCUGUCUAACAUAGGUCUCAUAGGGUGUCUAUACAUGAGCAGCAAGGCUGCUCCAUGCUGCAGUUACUGUGUCUUGUGUAUCAUCAUCCCUGCUCUUAAAAAAUAGCAAUAGGGGCACUUUAAGUAAAGCUCAUUCAAUGAACUUUAGUUAAAGCACCCCUGCCACCAUUUUUAAGCAUGGGGAUGCUGAUACAUGAGACUCUCCAGGUAUUAUAUUUAAAGUAGUUCUCGGAUCCACUCUAAUUAAAGCGCCCCCACACACACACAUGUACACACUUCUGAAGCACAUGUAUAAACACCCAUAUAGACAUUCACUUUCUCCUGGAAGAGUCACUACUCUCCAAAGAGAAACCACAAGCAUACAGAUGUUCAGGCUUUUUCUCCCAGAGUGAAAAUGGUUGCUCCAAGAGAAAAAUAACUUGUGAACAAGUAGCAUUAAAUCAAUCCUAGAAGAGUUUCUCUUGGAAGAGUGAAUGUCUAUACAUGUUGUACAUCUCAUAAGAAAGAAGGAAAGGCUUAACACUAAUCACAUAUAGAAGGACAGGAGAAAGAUGAGAAAUUAAGAACUUCAUCCAAGUAACUGAAGCUCAGACAUAAUUGAAUAAAAGUGGAUUAAAGAGGUGUGAUUUUAACUGAUAUGCACAUCCCUCAGUAUUGGAAGUUUAAUCCAGCAGUCACAAAAGGACCAUGUAUUCAGUUCUUUCCACCGCUGUCCAUAGGAUUUGAUCAAAAGUAUAUUGAAGCCAAUGAAAUACACUGCCAUUGUGUUUCAAUACACUUUGGAUUAGACCCAUUUGUUAGGUAAAUGAUGAUGACCUUACAAGAAAGAAAUGGUAGACAGAUGCAAAAGAUCCAUCCUGACUGACUUUAGGUACGGAGUAAUAUUCCUCAUCUAUUGGUUAGGGAAAGUAUACAUACAUGAGCCAUUUACUAUGCAGUAGACUAAUUAGCUGCGCAGUAAACAUCUCAGCAUCUACACAUGCAUCCCUAUUAGGCUGGAGUAAACUAAUUUACUCCACAGCAGGACAGUACUUGCAAAUGCAAGUACUGUCCUGCUGUGGAGUAAAAACUCUGCAGCAGUGUAUAUGUAGAUGCUGCCCUGGCAGACUGGGGCAUGAGGGUGCUUCAGGGAAGGGGCUGCCUGCUGGCUAACACCAUGCUGAAGCACCCUCAUGCACCAGCCAGCCCCUCUGCAGCACGUUGAGCCAUGGAGAGCAGCUCUGGGCUGACAGCCUGACCACUGCCUGCCCCACCCCCCCACCUCUGGGCCUCCUAUCAGCUAAGGUUGCUGCAUGUGUUUUGCUCCAUGCGUUGCUCCUGGCUCAAUGUGCUAUGCUCCCUGGUGCUUGUUCAAGAGGCAAUAAACUCCAAAAUGUAUUGCUUCACUUUAACUGCAUAUAAUAGACACACCUACAGUCUAUUAAUGCACAGGGAAUCUAUGCCAGUAGAAGAAUAUGCUUCUCAGUAAUACUGGGAUAAAUUCAGGGUUACUUCCCUGUAGUCGUUGGAGUUAUGCCAGCUCAAAUGAGAGUGGAAUUGAGAAAAAUAGCAUGAGUGAUUAUUACUUAUCAUAAGGGAUGUGUCAGGAGCUACUAUAGGUGACAAUCCCAGAAAACCAAAGCAGAAAUGUUACUAAUUGUAAUUUUAACCCAAGAAAACUCAUAAUAUGGCAAUCACUGAUAUAUUUUAAAGCUAUAUUUAUUCAUUCUUUGUUGUUAUUCAAGUUUACAAUAAUAUUGGUAGGAAAUAUAAUGUCAUUUAGUAUACACAAAUGUAAGUUAUGCCCAUUGUUUAGCUACAAAAAUAUAACAAUAAAUAUCAUUGUAUUUAGUUAAUAUUAAAAAAUAAUUCUAGUAAUUCGGUUAGGAGUAGAGAAGAGCUGGGGGGCAUUCUGAAAUCAUGAAGCUUAUGUGAUCUUAGUAGAUUGAUUAUGAUAAUUGUGCUAGUAGUUAAAUAUUGUUAUAGCUCCAUGUUAGAGAUCUGGUCUGAAUGAGCCAUCCCAACUCUGUUCCAGUGAACCGUACCGUACUGCGUUAGGUGUUUGCAGUAUUCCCUACCAUUCUACCAUCCCUAGAUAGUAUUUACAGGAAUGAUUUCACAGUCCCAACUGUCACUGCUGUUCUGCACUAUGAUUUUAUUCCUAGAAGUGUUUUUCAGGGCAGAGCAACAUCUAAGAUGAGACCUAGAGGUACUAUUCAUUUGCAAGCCAUGGAAUUGUUGCACUGUCUAAACUACUCUCCUAUCAAGCUUUCUUAAUAGCACAUAUGAUUGAAAUCACUGAAGAGAUGCUGGUAGUUUAAAUAGAACUUGAUGCUUCAUUGCCCUCCGUAUAUACAGUAGACUAUAUACAGUUUGCUAAUGUCACAAACACUUGGUUUCCUAGUUUCUUUUGCAUUACUCAUUUUUUGGCAAUACUGAAGAGCCAGUAAACAUAAAGGAACAAAUUCUCAUUUAUACUAAUGUUCCUUUGCACCCUCUGGCUGCUUAAAAAUAGGUGCAGAUGUAAUUUACAAUUGCUAUAAGGCAGCUUUAUACUCUGAUAUACUUCACAGGGGGCUAUUUUAAAUUAGAGUCAAGCCCGUAAUAUUCAGCUCGAAGGGUCAAUAUACCCAGAAAUGAACAGUGUCUCAAUCUGUCAUUUUUAAAUAUUUAUCUUAUAGACAUCACUGCAUAGUCAUAAAAAGAAGAUAUGUGUAGCUGUAUUUCUCUGGAGCCACUGUAACAUGCGGUGAUCAUUUAUGGUAACUGAAGGUGAGUGAGGUUAAAAUAUCUACUUCUGUUUUAAAGAUGGGAGUCAAAGUCAAUAUGACUACUAAAUAAUAAGCUUUUGUAGCUCACUUGUAUACAAUUCUAAAUCAAGAUACUAAACUAACUUAUUUUCUCCUUAGGCCUACAUCAUAAGGCUCUUUCACAGAUCUUGCUCUUUCAAUCUGUGCAGUUGCAUGAAUGGAAAAGAUUUCUUAACUAAGUUUUACAGCUUGCUCAAGAGGAAAAGAUUUUUACUUUUGUAAAUUCUUGUAUUAUGUACGGUUGUUGGUUUGGUUUGGGUUUUGUGUAUAAUUGCUCUUAGUUCUGGAAAUAAAAACCAAAUCAUUGUAUUAAAACUAUGUAGAUAGCUAUAACCUUGUAAGCAGUGGUAUUUUUUAAUAGGCAGUAUUGAAAGGUAAAGUUUAAACCAUUCAAAGUUUUGCCCAUGUAUACCUGUGUAAUGGUUCAUGAUGGCUUUCUUUAAAAUGAUGUAACAUAAUUUUUACAUGUCUGUAAAUAAAUAUUUUCUCUGAUUUA